UGGUUGCCAUGGUUUCAGAAAACAAUAUGGCCGCUCCCAACUGGGACGUGAGUCUGUGGUUUAGGGAGGCGGAUGCAGGUAGCGGCUCCUGCAGGGGCGAGAAAGGAAGCGCUUGAGGGUCGUGAGGCUGCGGCUGGACGGGGCACUACUGGAACGGCCUGGCCUCGCUGAGGGCGCCAAUGGCGGGCAGCGUGGACGAGGAGGCUCUGCAUCAGCUGUACCUGUGGGUAGACAACAUCCCUCUAUCCCGGCCCAAGCGAAACCUCUCCCGGGACUUCAGUGACGGAGUCCUGGUUGCAGAGGUCAUCAAGUUUUACUUCCCCACGAUGGUGGAGAUGCACAAUUAUGUCCCUGCCAACUCUCUCCAGCAGAAGCUCAGCAACUGGGGUCAUCUGAACAGGAAGGUAUUAAACAAGCUGAACUUCUCAGUACCGGAGGACGUGAUGCGCAAGAUUGCACAGUGUGCCCCGGGCGUGGUGGAGCUGGUGCUCAUCCCGCUGAAGCAGCGCCUGGAGGAGCGGCAGAGGCGCAGGAAGCAGGGCGCUGGCUCCUUGCAGGAACUGGCUCCCCAGGAUGGCAGUGGCUACAUGGAUGUGGGUUUAUCCCAGAAGGCCCGAGGUGAAGGUGCCCCAGACCCUCAGGGAGGAGGACAGCUCAGAGCGGGAAGGCCACCAGCACCUUGGCCUCCAGGGUAUAGCCAGGCACUGCAGGGAGACCCAAGCUUCAUCCUCCAGAUUGCUGAAAAGGAGCAGGAGCUGUUGGCCUCACAGGAGACCGUGCAGGUCCUGCAGAUGAAGGUCAGGCGCCUGGAGCACCUGCUCCAGCUCAAGAACGUGCGCAUCGACGACCUCUCCCGGCGGCUCCAGCAGGCGGAGCGCAAGCAGCGGUGA